GUGGGUGUGUGGCGGAAGUGGCGGCGGCGGGCGGGGAUGUGGAGAGCGGGCAUGGCCGCCGGGGAAGGGCUGGGCCCGGCGCUCCGCGCCGUCACCGAGCAGGUGCAGCAGGCGGCGGCGCGGCGGCCGCAGGGGCUCCCGGCCGUGCAGCCGCGGCUCGUGGCCGUCAGCAAGACCAAGCCGGCCGAGAUGGUGAUGGAGGCCUACGGCCACGGGCAGCGCAGCUUCGGCGAGAACUACGUUCAGGAGCUGCUGGACAAGGCAUCAGACUCCAGAAUCCUGUCGUCUUGUCCAGACAUCAAGUGGCAUUUUAUUGGCCACCUGCAGAAGAGCAAUGUCAACAAACUGAUCGCUGUCCCAAACCUGUUCAUGUUGGAAACGGUGGAUUCUGUGAAACUGGCAGACAGAGUCAACAGCUCGUGGCAGAAGAAAGGCUCGUCCCAGAAGCUGAAGGUCAUGGUGCAAGUUAACACCAGCGGGGAGGACAGCAAGCACGGCCUUGCCCCCGGGGACACCACGGCUGCUGUGGAGCACGUCAUCAACAAAUGCCCCAGCCUGGAGUUCGUGGGGCUGAUGACCAUCGGCAGCAUCGGGCACGACCUCAGUAAGGGGCCAAAUCCUGACUUCCAGGUGCUGCUGUCCCUGCGGCAGGAGCUGUGCGAGAAGCUGAACCUGCCCCUGGACAAGGUGGAGCUGAGCAUGGGCAUGUCCACGGACUUCCAGCACGCAAUCGAGGUUGGAUCUACGAACGUCAGGAUCGGGAGCACCAUUUUUGGAGAGCGGGAUUAUUCCAACAAAGCCGUGGGGGGCAAGGCCCCCACUGGCAGCCAAGGCCAGGCAGAGGCCGUGACAGUGCAGGGGCACUAAAGGGAGGAGAAGUGGCCUGGCCAGGGGAGAGACCUCGCUGUGGGACACCUCACUAUGCAUUUACCUCCCUCCGUGUCGGCGCCCGAUCCUGAUGGUGGAGAGGGAAUUCCUUGGAACAGAGGCCUCAUAACCAUUGUGAUUAUAGAGUACCCCUAGAAACUGGAAAUCUUUAUAACCAACAAAUGACAAGGCAAUUGAGGGCUGGAAGUGGCUGUGGUGUCUUGGUUCCUCAGGGUCAUCAAGGACAGAGACUUUGGGGCAAUUGGGUUGGGCAAACGAGUGUUUGUCAGGCUGGGGUUGCUGCUGAGCAAGGUGGGUGUCACUGCAGCAGUGCUGGUUGUUUUCACUGAAGACUAAACACUUCAUCCAGCACGUUAUGAUCUUGCCAGAAACUGUAAAUGUUUCCCCACGUACAAGUCUUGCACAUGGGAUGGUUGGAGCUGGGAUGGGGCCGUGCUGUGACACAGGAGAGGCCAUGGCCAAAGGGUGAGUGACAGGCACAGGGGACUGUGAGGAGCUCAGCUGCCACUGUGAGUUCAUGGUGUGAUGUUUUGGCUGCACAUCACAAGUGUGGGAGUGUCUUCUCGGCUCAAUUUUGUCCUUUUCAGGCUGACAUUAACUUUUCCCAUGGCUCCGUGACUGCCCAGAUCUGGAAUGCUUUCCCCUUCCCUUCUUUUCCCUCCUCUGUUGUUGGGAAUUAUUUUCAUCCUGCCUAGUAGUUUUGCUGCUGUUUUUUGGUCAGAAUGGGGGGUUUCUGCCAGGCCUCUGCUCUGCCACCAGCUUGCUGCUGCUUUCCAAGGUGAGCCCCUCAUGGUUUGGUGCCUGUGCCACCCCCUUUACACGUGUGUGAAGAUAUCAGUGCUCAGGGCAGCAGGGACCUUUCCAUUGGAAAAUACUUCAGGAAAGGAGGUGUUAUUGUCCCACUGCCUUGUGGGUUCCUGAAAAAAAAUCAUUUGGCCACGAGAGAGCUUCCAGGCUAUGUCUUAACAUCCUUUCCUGCUCUUGGAAGAGGGAAAUGGGACUGCCACUUCCCUUCAGGUGUGAGCAGAAGCUCCUGUGUUCAGCCAGUCCCACAACCUUGUUACAGCUGAGUUUUGGGCUUUUGUGUCUGCUAAGAGGAGGAGAGCUCAGCUGCCAGCAGGAACAUCCUCCCCAGGCUUUGCUCUGUGUGCGUGUGGUUAAAUCUCGCCGUUGGUUUCGCUCUCUAAAGCUGAAUGUAAAUGAAAGGAGUCAACUCCACCACCACCCUGUUGUAGCUCCGUGGUUUAGAGGCGCCGUGGGGUCCUCGCACUGCGCCCUGUGUGGUUCAUAGUCUAGUAAUAAACAGUGGUGAGUUUUGAUGCCAUCUGUGCCAACUCAAAAGCUAUUAAAGAUGUUAUUUUUAUGUU